AUGAUACGAUUGAGAAAGGUUUCUCUGGUGAACGACGUCCGUAAAAAUCGUACUCCACUUUUUUAUUGGUCUAUUAGUGCUGGUUUUAUUACAACUGUAUCGUUUAUUACUUUUGGUUAUUUUCUUUAUUCUUAUCGUAUAAAACAAAGAACUAAAGAAGGUAUUCAAAAAGGUCAAGUAGAUCGUAUUAUUCAUCCUCAAGGUUUAAAUAGUCAAGAAAUACAAAAAGGAAUUGCUUUACUUGAAAAACAACAACUUCACGAUCAAAUUCAACUUGAUAAUUACGAACGAUAUAAAAGAUUACGUGAUAAACGACGUGAACAAGAAGUUUCUAAUGAUCAUGUUAAUCAUAUUGUUCAAUCGAUUUUAAAUAAACGACAACGAAAUGUACUUGAACAACAACAAACAUUUAUACGAAGAAAUACAGAUGAAAAUAAUAAAAGAAAUAAUUCUCUUAUUGACAAAUUUACAAUAAAAAAACCAACAAAUUCAUCAAAAGAGAAUGUUAUUAGUAAUCCAAUAAUACCAAAAAAGAAAACUAUAGUUGAGAUUAAUAAUGAUGAUGACGAUGAUGAUUUUGUCUCAAUAAAAAAACCUCCCAAAAUUAUUAAACCAUCAAAAAUAGAUUCUAAUAUUAUAAAAACAGAUUCUAAUAUCAUAAAAACUGAUCCAAUUAAAGAAUGUCUUGAAUCAAUUAUUUUACAAAUUGAAAAUAAUGAAGCAACAUGUCCUAUUUGUAAUCAAGUUUUAUCAUAUUUAACUACUAUUGAUCAACGUCAACAACAUGUCAAUCGAUGUUUAGAAGAAUCUCAAAUUAAUAAUAUUGAAACAAAGCAUCAAAAAUCAUUAUUAUCUUAUACAAAAUUUUCAUCUACUAUUCGAAAACCAAUAUCAUCAACAGUAUCAUUAAAUUUUAAAUGUCAAAUUUGUGGAAUGUCAUUCAAUGUUAAACGCACUUAUUUAUCUCACCUUAAAAAAUGUUCAAAUCAAAAUAGUAUUCAACUAAAACAUGUUGUUAAUUUUGCGGCUAAAACAACAACAAUAACAACUAAUGAACCUCAACCUAUCACAACAGUAAAGAAAAAGACAGUAACAAAUAUUAAAAAUCGAAUUAUUAAAAUGGAAGUACCUAUAACUGAAGAUGAUGAACAACAACAACUAGCAAUUGCACUUUCAGCGUCGAUUAAAACAGCUACAGAACCUCCCAAUGCUUUCGAUAUUCUUCAAGCAGCAUCAAAAAAAAUUAAAACAAUAGAUUUAUUAACAACACCACUUUGGAAUGUCUCAAUUGAUGAAAAAUUAAAACUAUGCUCAACACGUGUAUCUAAUAUUUGUGAACGUCUGAUUACUAUUGAUUCUUCAGCAAAUUCAUAUAAAUUUCCUCCUAGUUCAUUAUUAUUUAUAUCCCAAACUAAUUUCGGUCAUGUCAAUUGGUGGAAUAUAACAACAACAGAUCCUCAAGAUGAUGAAAUUCCAAUGACGCAACUAGCUCGAUUACUUGAAGAUAACGAAUCCUGA